AUGGAAGAUUUGUCUACCACAAUACAUGGCGAAAGGGCGUGCAACUGUUUCGAGUAUAGUCUCGCCCAAGAGGUCAACAGCCGGACAGUGCUGGGCAGCCUGAGAGGCAUGAGAGGCAUAAGGGGCACGGAUUUGCGCCCAUCACAACCAUUGCGAGCAACAGAGACAGCCAACGUGCCCAAGUCGACAGCUGGCAGUUUUUGGGCUCAGCCACACAGCCACACAGCCACAAAAGCCGGCAAAGCCGGGACCAGACACGAGCUGACGACGACUCUUGAGCAGCCUAACCCCACUCGUCGACCAUCGAGUGCCCGCGACCACCGAGCACCGAUUACAGAUCACAACACCCCCAACCUUCACCAUCGCCGUCUGUUCAAGGCAAACGGAGCCUUCAUCGCGUACACAUCGACCUCGGCUAUGACGAUGCAGCCUUUCAACGCACACGCAAACCAAUGCAUCGACCCCGAUCAGGACAUUUUCGACUUCAGUCAGUUUGCUGAGACCGCGCCGACCUCUGCGCACCUAAAGCGCGAAUCCAUCAGUGUCUCUGCCAUGACGAGCCCUACCACCACCGCCAUCGACGACGAGCUGCAAACACCCGCGAAACCGAGCCACGAGUAUGAGCGAUUCAAGCAGCAGACAGGGAUUCCCUCGGGCUCGCUCGCAGGACUCGGAGCCGCAUAUAACACGGGCUUUCCCAUGUUCAACAACAGUGGACUAGACCUCAUGGGCACUGACUCUGCCAUGGAUGGGGCUUGGAACACUGGCUUGCCUCUCGAGUCUAACGUCAACAUGGGCAUGGACUUUCAACAACCUGGCUACUUCUUCAACGACGCUUCGCAGGAUGACUUUGUGGACCCAAGCGCCAUCCAGCAAGAGGAGGUGCCCAACGUCAGGGUGUGGCCUGGCAUGCAUCAACAGCAGGCACAACAGGCAGCCCUUGCCAAGGCACAGGCACAGGCUCAACAGCAGCGCGCACAGCAACUCGCACAGCAAAAGCAACAACAGUUGAUACAACAACAGAAGCAGCAGCAACAACAGCAACAGCAACAACAAACUCAACAUCAACGCUUACCAUCGACCAGCCAAGCAAGCAGAAAGCUAUCCAGUCCUCUCAGCGAUGCACGUACGGAAGAGACAAUCGCGCGUGUUGUUGCUCAGAUCCGAGCGGACAGUCAAAACGCCUCGAACAACGGCAUGGACGGCAACCAGGGUCUCCUUCCCCACGUCAUCCGUGCCAAGAAGGACGAGGAGGACAUGGACGAGGACGAGAGGCUUCUCGCUUCCGAGGAGGGAAAGAAGCUCAGCUCAAAGGAGCGCCGCCAACUCCGUAACAAGGUCUCUGCUCGCGCUUUCCGUUCGAGGAGAAAGGAAUACAUUGGCCAACUCGAAGGUGAAGUCGCUGUCAAGGUCCAGGAGGCAAAUGAGCUCCGCAACCAGAACCGUCUCCUGAUGGAGGAAAAUGCACGAUCUCGUGCUUUCAUUGAACGUCUGCUCCGCCACCAAGCUUUCGGUCCCUUCCUCGAGGAGCUGUCUCGCGACGAGGCUCUGCAACCCAAGACAGCCAUGACCACCGUCCCUUCAUCUGCUCCUGCCGCCGCCGCUCCCGCAUCUGCGCCAUUCCCAGCCCAACAGUUUGGCGCUAUGCCGCAAGAAAACACCCGCGUUGGGAUGACCAUGGUUCCUGAACCCCAACUUGACUUCUCGACGCUUAACAUCAACAAUAACGGAAAUAACUGGGCCUCCAACAAUGGUUUCAACUACCAACAACCCCGUGUCUUCGCCGUCCUUGAGGUACCAGAGGGCCCAAGUAACCCUCUUGACACCGAGGCUAUGUCGGGCAAGGGCUACAGCGCCAUCUUCAACGCCGAGGAUGACUGUCCUGCGGACGAGAUCAAGCCCGACUUUCCUGUUAUCGAGCGUCCGAUCGAGUCUACUGCCACCAUCAUGACCGAAAUGGAAGACGACUCCGAGUUUGACCUGUACAGCUUAUCGCCCACCCGCUCUGCUUCUACCGCCAACCCCAACGCCACCGCUCCUGCCGCUCCCGAAGACCACGAGAUCCUCUUUGCCAAUCCUGAAAAGGCGCUUGCGCACUACUCACUGGUCCUUACGGACGAGGCACAAGAAGCGCUUCUAGACGAAUGUCUGGAGCGGAGAAUCGCCGCCAUGGAACCAGUAUUACAACGUGUAGCCGCCAUCACCUCGAUGUUUGAUUUAUAA